ACAAGUGGUGAGAGAGGAGUGGUUUAGAGUUUACAGUGUCAUCGUCAACCUGUAUACCCUGAUUCACCCUAUCAAACACCACCCACACAAAAUCACACAGCUUCAACACUGGUCUCUCUCUCUCCCGGGAUUCUGUGAUGCUGUAACGCCAUAUCCUAUUUCAAUUCUUCAACGGAAAUCCAUCUCCAUAACCACAACGCCUCCACGUAUCUAUCUUAACUGCCUCUGCCCUCCAAUCAAUCAAUUUUUGGCAGUGGAUUCAGAUGAGGGAGCUGAGGCAGUGGAGAGUUGUGGUGUGCAAGAGCAAGAGUUAGGGACAUAUGAAGGAGAUGGGAUUGUAGAACCUUAUGAGGGUAUGGCAUUUGAUUCUGAAGAUGCUGCCAAGAUAUUCUAUGAUGAGUAUGCGAGGCAGGUGGGGUUCGUCAUGCGUGUCAUGUCAUGUCGCCGUUCUGAAAGAGAUGGAAGAAUUCUUGCCCGUCGACUUGGGUGUAAUAAGGAAGGUCACUGUGUUAGUAUUCGAGGUAAAUUUGGGCCAGUUCGAAAGCCUCGACCCAGCACAAGAGAAGGUUGCAAGGCUAUGAUUCAUGUUAAGUAUGAUAAGUCUGGAAAAUGGGUGAUUACUAAAUUUGUAAAGGACCAUAAUCACCCACUUGUCUUCUCACCUCGUGAAGCUCGUCAAACAAUGGAUGAAAAAGAUAAGAAGAUUCAGGAAUUGACUGCAGAGCUGCGGAAUAAGAAGCGACUAUGCACUACAUAUCAAGAACAGCUUACUGCAUUUAUAAAAAUUGUUGAAGAACACAGUGAUCAGCUAUCCAAGAAAGUUCAAAAUGUAGUUAGCAAUCUUAAAGAAUUUGAAUCCGUGGACCAGGAUCUCUUACACCAUAGAUAAGCUCAAUCUUUUACUGGGCAUGGAUAUUUAAUGAUGUUUCUGUGAGGAGUAAAGACGUGAAACUCGAAAGAAUAGGGGUGGUCCAGGUGAUGUUAAUAGUUAAUUUGUCAAUGCAAGUGCAGGAAAAGAAAGAUUGUGGCUGCAGACAGGCAGAAGCACAAGCACAUUGUUUGCUGUGUCCAUGCUGAUGCUGGAAUCGAUAGCAGCCAUCGCCGAGAUGUUAGUGAUGGCCAACUUUUGUUAGCUGCAUUAACAACUUGCAAGAAAGCUCAGCUGGAACUGGGAAGAUGAAGGUUGACAUUCCCAAGUCCCAGAAGACUGAGACUCUUAACUGUGUAAUAUGAUUAGAUUGGCGGGAAGGGGCAUUGUGCUGUGGAUGGACAGGAAUUCACUUGAGUGCAAAGCAAAUAGACUGAAUUCGCUUGUAUUUUACAACAUUUUGUGCUAUUGAAAUCUGAAUGUUACAAUAAUCCACUUUCAGUUAAAAAUUGUCAAUUCUAGCA